CUUUAAUCAGUUGAAUCUGCAUCUGAUAACCCAAUCGCCGCCCUUGAGGAAAUACCUAGCUGCUGAUAACGCAUAGAGGUACCGUAAAACGAUUUAAUUUGGAUUCCUGAAGGCAUUUUCUGACAAAAUGUAAUUGUGUCCUAUGAUUGACUAUAGUGAACCUAGGGGCAAGACAGAUACAGCGAGAGUUACUCUGUUAUCGAAGUGUUGCUCAGAAUUCCUCUGGGUCACUCUGGUUUUCCCGAAGUGUUCCCUGAUACCAGUGAAAAAUCGAGCAGUCUUGCCUGAUUUUCCACUUUGUUGAGACGUUUCUGAAUGGAUUCGAACAAAAAAAGUUACUCAGGAUUGCUCAGAGUUGCUCCGGAUUUCACAGUGUCUUGCCCCUAGUAAUGAACAUACCUAAUUGUUUUAAUCAAGAGACUAGGUAGGGCUUUAGAACCCUUUUGCAAUGGAGUUCAUUAGAUAUGGACAAAUAUUUGUCAUUGUAGUCCGACAUUCAUCCGAGCAUUCAUCCUAGGUUGCCACGACUCACGUUAUGUUGGCCAUUUGUUGGGCUUGAUCGGCCAAAUAUUUGUAAACAAAGCAAACACACCUGACCUGACGGUACUUCAUUACCGGACAUCCAAAGAUCCAAAGUAUUCUCAUGUGAGUAUUUAUGACCUGGUCAAGUAGUGGAAUACGAUGCAUUCUACAGGCAACCUCGCAAGUGGCAUCAUCAUUCGGAUGAGCCGAUCCCAUUGGAAUAAAAUCAAUCGAAUGUUAGUUCGUGUUCACGUUCACGGUAACGUCUCUUAUCGCGUUCGGAGUUCCCACGUUGAAAGUUUAAAUGUCAAAUAAAUAUUUACGACGGCAUAUCCCAUGAGAAAUUUGUGAUUCGGUGCUGGAUGAUUUUAGAAAAUGAAGUUCGAUUUUUGGAACUUUGUCAUAAUCUCAACCAGUCUAGUGUUAGCAGGAUUGGAUGUCCAGGGAAACGAGCUGAAAUGUGGCAUGCGGCAACAAAUAUCCCAGUCGGAAACAGUCCCAACGAUCAUCAAUGGAACGGAAACUACGGAAGGCCAAUGGCCCUGGCACGUUGCAAUAUUUCACUCGUUCCAAUAUGUCUGCGGUGGAUCCAUUAUUUCCAAAACUUACGUUCUGACCGCAGCACAUUGUACGCUUCACCGUAAGAAUCGACAAAAGCAGAACGUGAAAAACAUUUUCGUUGAUGCCGGAACACAUGAUUUGUUCACAUUCUACAACAGACAGCGACAUUCCGUCAAAUCCGUUUCCAUUUUUGACAACUAUACGUGGCCAAGUCAUCAAUACGAUAUCGCUAUUCUGGAGCUCGAUACAGAAUUAAAGUUCGAUCAAUAUGUCCAACCAGUGUGUGUGUCCCUCGAGCAAAACCUAGUUGAUAAGGUUGGAACGGUUGUUGGAUGGGGAUUGACUGAGUUCGAUACAGCAUCUACUGUUUUGAGAGAAGCGCGGUUACCAGUGGUAGAUACCAUUACCUGUCUGAAUAGUGAUCCUGAGGCUUUCGGGCCAUCUUUGAAGAGAGAAAUGUUCUGUGCUGGCUACACAAAUGGCACAGGCGUGUGCAAUGGUGACAGCGGUGGAGGGCUAUUCUUUGAAAUCGACGGUGUCUGGUAUUUAGGAGGGAUCGUAUCGUUCACGAGAGCGCGAGAUGAAAACAAAGCAAUGUGCUACACGAAAGGUUAUGGUGUUUUUGCCAAGAUACAUGACUUCCUUUCGUGGAUAAGAGAACACACCCAUCUUAAGCACCUCAUCGGUGAAGGAGAACCCCGAAGCAAGAGGACCUGCGUUGCGAUCAACGCAACUGCAACGAAUACGGACGUACGUAAGCUUCCAAGGCAAUGCGGAGUAUACUAUCCGAAUCGAAUGUUUAGGGGCCAGCGAACAAGAGUAUUCGAGUUCCCCUGGAUGGCGUUGUUGAUCCAUGCUAGUGGAUAUUGGCAAAAGGUUGGAACUCUUAUCAACAAUCGAUAUAUCCUAACUGGAGCGUUACCUUUUCUACCUAGACACGUCGUAAAGGCCAGAUUGGGUGAGCACAUGAUCGGUCAAACAAUUGACUGCAAUGAGGACGAAGACUGUGCCCCUCCUGUACAAGACAUUGACAUCCAAUGCAUAAUUUAUCAUCCACGAACUAGCCGAUCUCGUUGGGCAAAUGAUAUUGCACUCCUUAGAUUGGCAGAACAUGUUGAAUUUAAAGAUCAUAUUCAGCCUAUUUGUCUCCCAACAAAGCCUAUAUUGAGGAAAAUGGAGCCACCUCGGUACAUUCUCACCGGUUGGGGUGCAACAGAGGAGGAGGACGAAUCUCCAGUUUUGCUGAAAGGCUUCAUUUCAACAAUAGGCUCCUAAAAUCCUAUCGGGAUUCUUGUUUUAAACCACAAUAUAUGGUUCAAGAGUACAUAUUUACUCAAUUUUUGACGUUUUUAUUAACCGUAGUUGAAAAUAUAAAAUUUUUAUUUUGUUGGCCUUUUGUCUCGUCCCUAGCUUAUAACACAUACUUUGAGUGAUUUUUUUUUCACCGUGUAUGUCAGAUAGGAACAUUUUUGAAAUCCCAGUGCGAAAAAUGUCGAGCUCAGUCACACAAGGUUGACCUCAAAUGUCAAAGUAGAACUAUUUACCAUUUUACUUAUUUCGAAUUUUCUCAAUAUUCCUUUGUUUUUCAAGUUCGAGUAAAGUACAAUUCUGAUUAGAAUGCCAUGCUUGAUCGUAUUAUUCAAUAUAAGCGAGAUUUCGUCUUUAAUUUUAGGACCCUAUUACCAUCUGGGCAUAAUUCGCAUAUGUAAACACAUGUUUUUCGAAAAUACCUUACAUAUGGUCUUAACUGUAAGGUCAACUGUUAGCUGUAAGCAUAAAUAAGCCGAAUAUAAAUAAAGCGGAUUGCAUGAACCUAUUGUGUCUCGAGUGCGCGAAUUGGCGAAUCCUUGUCGUUUUGACAGGUCUCCUGCUCGAUUGGAACCAAGGG